AUAGAUUUUUCUCUCUCCUCUCCUUCUCUCUCUCUCAUUUUGGUCGACGUUUCUUCAUUUGUGCUCAUAGAAAUUUCGAUGUUCUCAUACGCGUAGUUUGUUGCGAGUCGAGGGAAGGGGGCGAACUCUAGCUGGUUGUCUUUCCGUUCAAUUCUCGGCAAUUUGAGAUAAAAAUAUGGCUUUCAGGCGGCUUCUUAUUGAGGUCAAUAGGCAGGAAUCGCGACUGAGGCAAUUAAGCAAUUUGGCUUCUCGAACUUAUAGAACUUCACCAUAUGAAAGGGGAGUGCGAAAGGCUUCGAGUACUGUUGGGACAGGUAGCUAUGGAAGAUCUGGAUAUUUUGGUAGUUUACCUCGUAGAGUGCGUGACACUGAAGGAUCAGUUGAUGCUGCAUAUCUUAAGGAACUGUAUCAUCGAAAUGACCCUGAGGCAGUCAUUCGGUUAUUUGAGAGUCAACCUUCCCUACAUUCUAGUCCAUCUGCUCUUGCCGAGUAUGUCAAGGCCCUGGUUAAGGUUGACCGGCUUGACGAAAGUGAGCUACUGAAGACAUUGCACAGAGGGAUGUUGGGAGCUGCUAGCGCACACUUGGAUGAAGAAAGCAGUGGAGCACUUUCAGCUCUUCGAAAUGUGGGGAAGUCUUCGAAAACUGGAAUUCUUGGCACUGCAAGUGCUCCCAUACACAUGGUGACUGCUGAAGGGGGGAAUUUGAAGGAGCAAUUAUGGCGCACUCUCCGAGCUUUGGGGUUGACCUUCCUUUUGAUUUCUGGUGCUGGGGCACUUAUUGAGGAUAGAGGAAUCGGAAAAGGGCUUGGUUUGCACGAAGAAGUGCAACCUAGCAUGGAAUCUAAUACAAAAUUCAGUGACGUGAAGGGAGUUGAUGAGGCAAAAGCUGAACUCGAAGAAAUUGUUCACUACCUUCGUGAUCCAAAGCGGUUCACACGUCUUGGUGGUAAACUUCCUAAAGGUGUUCUUCUUGUUGGUCCUCCCGGAACUGGAAAAACUAUGUUAGCAAGAGCCAUUGCUGGAGAAGCCAGCGUACCAUUUUUCUCUUGCAGUGGCAGCGAGUUUGAAGAAAUGUUUGUUGGCGUUGGAGCCCGUAGAGUGAGAGAUCUCUUUGCUGCGGCAAAAAAGAGAUCACCGUGCAUUAUUUUUAUCGAUGAGAUUGAUGCCAUAGGAGGAAGCCGAAAUCCCAAAGAUCAGCAAUACAUGAAAAUGACACUAAAUCAAUUGCUCGUGGAGUUGGAUGGCUUCAAACAAAAUGAAGGGAUUAUCGUGAUUGCUGCAACUAAUUUUCCCGAGUCACUUGAUAAGGCGUUGGUGAGGCCUGGCCGGUUUGACCGACAUAUUGUUGUCCCAAAUCCCGAUGUUGAAGGGCGGAGGCAGAUCUUGGAAUCCCAUAUGUCGAAGGUUCUGAAGGCAGACGAUGUCGAUCUAAUGAUCAUUGCCAGAGGAACUCCCGGAUUCUCUGGUGCGGAUCUUGCAAACCUUGUCAAUGUAGCUGCUCUCAAGGCCGCCAUGGAUGGUGCCAAAGCGGUAACCAUGGUUGACCUCGAGUACGCCAAGGAUAAAAUCAUGAUGGGAAGCGAGCGUAAAUCAGCAGUAAUAUCCCCCGAGUCACGAAAACUGACGGCCUACCACGAGGGGGGUCACGCUCUCGUUGCCAUCCAUACCGACGGCGCUUUACCAGUGCACAAAGCAACUAUUGUCCCGCGAGGCAUGGCUCUCGGCAUGGUUUCCCAAUUGCCGGACAAAGACGAGACAAGUGUCUCCCGCAAGCAAUUGCUCGCCCGUCUCGACGUUUGCAUGGGAGGAAGAGUCGCCGAAGAGCUCAUCUUCGGAGAAAGCGAAGUCACCUCAGGCGCAUCGAGUGAUCUCAAGCAAGCCACCAGCCUCGCCAGAGCGAUGGUCACCAAGUACGGGAUGGGGAAACAGGUCGGAGUUGUCACCCACAACUACGACGACAAUGGUAAGAGCAUGAGCAGUGAGACGAGACUCCUCAUCGAGCAGGAAGUCAAGGAUUUUCUUGAUCGAGCCUACAACAACGCCAAAUCCAUCCUCACCACACACAACAAGGAGCUUCACGCCCUCGCCAACGCCCUCCUCGAGCAAGAGACACUUACAGGUAAUCAGAUCAAAGCCCUACUCGCUAACGUAAACUCUCAGCAAACGCAGAAACAGUCGAAGCAGAUGGUCAGCUCACAGUCGAGUACAGCUCCGCCGUCGCCGCCCAAUGCAGCUGCCGCCGCAGCUGCAGCGGCAGCUGCUGCCGCCGCUACUGCCACUGCCGCAGCCAAGGCUAACGGCGCCACACUGUAAGUCCCUUAUAGUUUCAGUGCUCGAAUUUAGAUUCUCUACCUGAAAAAUCUUGACACAUGAGAGUAUUCGAUAAAAAUUUCUUCGUCAUCAUCAUAACCAUCUCUUCGUCUCCAAUGUGAAUACGGUUAGUUGUUCUUUCGUGCAUAUACCCGGUUAUUAUCCGUUUUGCGCGAACCGGAACCGGUACGUCUGGAAUGAGAUGAUUAUUGUUUUGUGUAAGCUUUAGGAGGUGAGCAGAGGAGAAGAAAUAAACAGUGAACAUGUAACUCUCAGUUUGCCAACCUUACAUUAUAUUUGAUACAUUAUCAAUAUGGAUAUUGAAAAUUUCGUAGCGGUAUACUAUAGUUGUGUUGUGUGGUUGAAGGUGGACCGUUGGAUGUUGUGGUGUGAUGGACGGCCGAGAUUAGAUUAGAUUAGAUUGUAGGGCAGGGAUAUCGCCAUCGCCAAGUCCCAGGAUGUGUAUAAAUUGAAAUUUAAGCCCCCCGGCUCUUUCAGCCUCACUAGAUACGCCAGCCAGCUAGCCCAUUCGUGUUGUUAUGUGACAGGUGUCGAAAUAUAAUUGGUUCCUUUGAUAUAUAUACUGAAUAUUCUAUUGUG